CUCUCGGUGGUUUUCGCUGUUGCUGGUUUUUUCAGGAGCUGCUCGCUUGCAGCCGGAGACGCUGCUUUUUUUUUUCCGGGUUCGGAGUCGUUCCGGAUGCUUUAGGCUGCCGGAUGUCUGAUCUCCGGAUAACUGAGGCGUUUCUGUACAUGGAUUAUCUGUGUUUUAGAGCACUGUGCUGCAAGGGACCUCCACCCGCACGCCCCGAGUAUGACCUGGUUUGCAUAGGCCUCACGGGCUCCGGCAAGACCAGUCUGCUGUCAAAGCUGUGCAGUGAGAGCGCCGAAAACGUCGUGUCCACCACAGGUUUUUGCAUAAAAGCAGUGCCAUUCCAGAAUGCCAUCUUGAAUGUAAAGGAACUUGGAGGGGCCGAUAAUAUCCGGAAAUACUGGAGCCGCUACUACCAAGGAUCUCAAGGGGUAAUAUUUGUAUUAGAUAGUGCCUCUUCAGAGGAUGACUUAGAAACUGCUAGAAAUGAACUGCACUCAGCUCUCCAGCACCCACAGUUAUGCACUUUACCAUUUUUAAUAUUGGCCAAUCAUCAGGACAAGCCAGCAGCUCGCUCAGUACAAGAGAUCAAAAAAUACUUUGAGCUUGAACCACUGGCACGUGGGAAACGCUGGAUUCUGCAGCCCUGCUCGCUGGAAGACACGGAUACACUGAAAGACAGCUUCUCUCAGCUGAUCCAUUUGUUAGAAGACAGAGAUCCCCAGACUCUCCGAAUGUGAAAGCUGCCUGAGCACACAGGCCUGGAGCCCACCAUGUUAGUUCCUCAGUUGAAUUUGAUUUUGCUAUCAAGACUAUGAUGGCUUCCAUCUCUGUUUCUCUCGUUGCUUCAGUCAGUCAUCUCUCUUGUAAGUCAGGUGAAGCAGCAUCGGCAUUAACGUCAAGUACACACUACUGAGAGAGAAGUUAUUCUCUGUUUACCACUAAUUAUCUCCACCGCGUGUCUCUUCCUUCUGUCCUUCUCAGCAUCUCUCCUCUGUGCUAAGACCCGUGGAAUCCUGACUCCUGGAGAUCAAGUCCCUGUGCUGGACUUAAAGACUGUCACUUUCCUGGGGAAGUUAAGUACAGUCUU